AUGGCCAAUAAGUUGGAGCUGACCUUCCGCCUGGACCUCCAGCUGACGGAGGUGAUGCGCCUCCGGGUUCAGUCCCUGCAGCAACGAGGCCAGAGGAGGCAGGACGGCGAGCGUUUACUGCAGCCCAAUGAGGCCGUUUACCGCCUGGACUUCUCCAAACAAGCCCUACGCUUCUCGCACUGGACGGUGCGUCUGGCCCAGACGGGCUGCCUCACCAUCGUGGCCACCUCACAGCUGUGGACCCCGGACCUCACCAACCUGAUGACCCGGCAGCUCCUGGAGCCCGCCGGGGUUUUCUGGAGGGCGCCAAGGGACACCUCUGAAACACAAAUCAAGUGCUACGAGGCCGACGCGCACGAAUUCGGCGAGAGGAUUGCCGAGCUGGCGAAGGUAAGGAAGGUGAUGUACUUCCUGUUUGCGUUCACUGAAGGAUGCAGCCCCGAGACUGUGGACUGCUCCAUCACCUUCACUGUGGACAGAUGA